AUGAGUCUGCCAAUUCAGCCAGAUCGAUUCCGUAUCGACCACGAUGCAACGGCUGCCAGCCGGAAGCAGCAAGCCAACGCGGCCGUGGCUCGAGCCAAUGUCGAUAACCUGCGAGAUGACCCCGAAGCGCGAGCGGCAUUCCUUUCGACUUUUUCUGCGGAGGAGGAAAGGUCCGUCAUCAACAAAGUUGACAAGGCCUUUUUGGUUCUCAUCGGAGUAAUGUACAUGAUCAAGCAGAUUGACCAAACAAAUGCUGCCAAUGUCCGAGUGUUACAAGCAGGGGAGUCUCGCAACAUCAUGAAAGAGCUCGACAUGACGUCUGAUCAAUACAAUUGGGUUGGAUCCAUCUACGGGAUUGCCUACAUCAUCUUCGAAGCGCCCAGUAAUCUGUUAUUGAAGCGCAUGAGUCCUCACUUGUGGCAGUCUCGUAUUUUCUUCACUUGGGGCAUCAUCACGGCCUGCCAUGCUGCAGCUCAGAACCGGCAUCAACUCUACGCUAUGCGGUUUCUGCUUGGUACGUUCGAAGCUGGCAUGUUUCCGGGCAUCAUGGCCCAGCUGUCGAGCUGGUACCGCACAGACGAGAUCGGCAAGCCGGUAACUUGGUUCUUUGCAAUGUCCAACCUCGCGGGCAUCAUCGGAUCUCUGUUAUGUUACGGCAUCAGCUACAUGAACGGGAUCCGCGGCAUUAGUGCCUGGAGAUGGGUGUACCUUCUCGAAGGGUCAGCGACCAUUAUCUUCUCCGGCGUCGUCUUUUGGCUGCUGCCGGACUACCCAAAGUCUCCGCGUAGCAACCGUUUCCUGACCGAGAGGGAACAGGAGUUUGUCGAGGCCAGGUUACCGGAGAAUGCGCCUUUGACGAAUGAUCCCGAUUUCGCCGGCAAAGAGAUUUUGGCAGUGUUGCGAACACCGCUGAUUUGGUCCUUCAUGCUGUCGCAGACGCUCAUUAACAUUGGAGGAUACGCGUUGACGUGGUACUUACCGACGAUUGUUACCAAUCUGGGCUUCGUGGGGUUGCCGAGGAACCAGCUGCUGAAUAUGCCUCCUGCGUUUGCAGCUAUCGUGGGCUUGAUGUUUUCGGCUUGGUUCAUGUCGAGAGCGUACAUUGUACGACCAGCGUACAUCAUGAUUCUCAUGUCCGGCAUGGUUGUGUGCUUCGUUCUCUUCUUCACAAUCACCAACCGAUACGGCAUCUACAUUUCCUGCAUCUUGGGAACCUUGUUCUACCAGUCAUACUUCAUCCCGUUCUGGGCCUGGAGAUCUGCGACGCUCUCGGGAUCAACGGGUACAGCGUUCACACUGGGUCUUCAAUCGGGUAUUGCCCAGCUGGGCGGCGUCAUCGGUCCGCAGCUGUUCCAGUCAAAGUUCGCGUACAACGGCUACAAGACGAGCUUCGCGAUCGCAGCGGCGACGACGAUUGCCUCUUUUGUCGCCAAUCUCUGGACGUGGUGGCUGACCAGGAACACGGAAUACGACGUGAUGAGGGUAAGAAGGAAGAUUUUGAAGGCGAGGAAGGCUGGCAAGGUCAACUUUGAUGAUGAUAUCCGGGUGUUUGAGGAGAGACGGUUUUAUGACGGAUUCAAGCGACAGGGGAGAGAUGAUAACGAGGAAAGCUCACAAGCUUGA